CCCGAAUUCUAACCUGCCAUUCUGGAGUGCUGGUUCACGCUAAGAGACUGGAGCCUAUGGCUCUGGCAGAGAUCCCGAUGCAUGACAGAUCGCCGUGUGCAGUUUUGAUCUGUAGGUCAUGAUGAGGAUCAGGCGAAACAUUCCAACUUCUGUGGUUUCCUUCUCACAGUCGUCUCUUUUCUCCUCGUUCUCAUCACGUUCCCACUGUCCGUAUGGAGCUGCAUGAAGAUUGUCAAGGAGUAUGAGCGGGCAGUUAUUUUCCGUUUAGGGCGACUCCUGGGAGGAGCAAAGGGGCCUGGGAUAUUCUGGAUUCUUCCAUGCGUGGACACCUUUCGGAAGGUUGACCUGAGAACAAUGUCUUUCAACAUUCCUCCCCAGGAGGUGUUGACCAAGGACUCUGUAACUAUCAUGGUGGAUGGAGUGGUGUAUUACAGAGUCUUUAACCCUACAAUAUCAAUAACUAAAGUGGAGGAUGCUAACCGGGCUACACAGAUGCUGGCCCAAACCACCCUCAGGAACAUGCUGGGCACCAAGAGCUUGGCAGACAUCUUACUAGACCGUGAGGAGAUGGCAGAACAUAUGGAGGUAGUAAUCUAUUCCGCCUCGAAGAACUGGGGUAUAAAAGUGGAGAGGGUGGAGUUGAAGGAUGUUAAACUACCCCCAACAUUACAGCGAGCCAUGGCAGCCGAGGCAGAGGCCACUAGGGAGGCCCGUGCCAAGGUGAUAGCAGCUGAGGGGGAGAUGAAGGCCUCCUGUGCCUUGAAGGAGGCGGCACUUGUGAUGUCAGAGUCUCCAGCCGCCCUCCAGCUACGCUACUUGCAGACCCUGACCGAGAUCGCCACAGAGAACAGCUCCACCGUGGUCUUCCCCUUCCCAAUGGACCUACUCACCAGCACCAUGAAAAAAUGACUGCACACCUGGAGAAAUGAUCUUAAUCAGAUCAGAGACCAUGUAUAAAUAGAAUAGUGUUCACUGCAUAUGCCCAUUAACUAAUGACCAAGAAGUAAUAUGCACAAAGCUAUAAAUGCAUCUAUAAAUAUAUAAAUAUUACUUUAUUGUACAUCUUGCUGUGCUUUCAAGCAAUAUGAUAGAAUGUAUUUUUCAUAUGUCUUUUAUCUAUGCAGACAGUUAUUCCAUUGUUGUGGUUUUAAUAAUCUAAAUAAUUAAUGCCCUGGACUUCAAUGAAAAUAUAUGUAAUGUGUGCAUGGUAGGUGUAUGGUUAAAUAAUUUAAAUAAUGCUUCUGUUUAGCUCAUAUAUCUGCCAGUUGGUGUGUGUGUGUUGUGUAGCUGUCUGAUGGUUACAUAGAGAAGGAGAACAGAUCAACUACUACCAUUUGGUGUGUCAUGGAAAAUCUGGGCUAAGUGAGCCAUAUCCUGUUGUUCCUAAAUUCCUCAAUAUGAUGGCAUCAUAAUUUCUGUUUC